AUGGAACAAAAAAUUAACUCUGUCAGCCAGUCAGUUGGUGUGCCUAUUCCAAAUAAUACUGACCAUGCAGUUUCUGUGACUUUACCGACUUGGGCAUCAGUCGUUGGAUAUGAAGAAGGAGAUCAGAACGUUGUUCUAAAGAUGCAGACAGGGUAUCCUAGAUUUUUCAUCCAUAAUUCUAUUCAAAAAUUGACUGAUUACUUGAUUCAGGAAUAUGGGAGGGUUGGUUUGGAAGGUUUGUUCAUUUUCCCAUCAUAUACUGUCAGCCAAAGAUGUAAGAAAUUUAUGAUCCAAAGAAUUCAAAAAUUAGAAAGCCCAACCGAUAAAGGCUAUAAAAAAGUGAGAAUCGUCAAACUCACCACAUCAGCUCCUAAAUGCGAGAAUGAAAUGAACUAUAGAGUUCAAAUGGCUAUUGGUUUAGUGUUCUUCCCAAAGCAAUAUUCUAAGUAUGGAAAAGAGUUUUGGCAACACAGCGGAGAAGGUAUAAGUUCAAGAUUGGCCGAGUAUUUAUUACAUGAAUUUGAAUAUGAAAAAUUGACGAAGCACAGGGAGUCGAGUACCGAAAAUUUAGAAGACGAAGAUAAAAAGUUUGUGGAAGAGAAGUUUGGCAGAAAUUUGAAGUUUAUCGAAGCCGAUAAUGCUAAUGUCAUCAUUCGUAAAAGAAUCAUUACCGAGGUUCAACAGAACAACAAAGCUGACGCUACUGUGAAAGUGGGUGAUGAAAGCGAUGUCUUCUUAUAUCCAAGUGGGAUGUCAAGUAUUUAUAAUGUCCACAAUAUUUGGUUGGAAACGUUACCAAAUCAUAAAACUGUGGUUUUUGGAUUCCCAUACGUCGACACAUUGAACAUCACCAAGAAAUUUGGCCCAGGAUUGAUCCACUUGGGUAAUGGGUCUAAUGAAGAAUUGGAUUGGUUAGAUGAACAAUUGUCUUCAGGUAAAGAGAAAAUUCUUGGUUUGAUUACAGAAUGUCCUGGUAAUCCUUUGCUUAGGACACCUAAUUUGAAGAAAUUGAGGGCGAUUGCUGAUAAACACAGCUUCCCUGUGGCAAUUGACGAGACCGUCGGGAAUUGCAUCAAUAUUAAUGCUUAUAAAUACGCUGAUGCUACAUGUUCAUCUUUAACCAAGAUUUUCUCUGGUGAUUCCAACGUUAUGGGUGGAUCUAUUGUGCUUAAUCAAAACUCUAAGUUUUACUCUACCAUGAAAGCAUGGUUGAAUGAACACUAUGAAAACAAUUUUUGGAAAGAAGAUUGUCUCUACUUGGAAAGAAACUCCAGGGAUUUUCUACAAAGAAAUGCCAAAACCAACAAAAACACCGAAGAGGUUGUUAAGUUGUUUGAGAAGUAUCAGGAAAAGGGAGCGGUUAAACAAAUUUUCCAUCCUUUGACCUCACCAUCAAAGAAAUAUUAUGAUGAAGUGAAAAAUCCAAAUGGUGGUUACGGUGGCUUACUUUCCAUAUUAUUUUCCACCACACAGAUAUCCAAGAAGUUUUAUGACGUUUUGAAAUUAUCUAAAGGACCAAGUUUAGGUACUAAUUUUACUUUAGUGUGCCCAUAUACUAUUUUGGCACAUUACACUGAAUUGGAAGAGGUAAAAGAAUUUGGGGUCGAUGCCGAUUUAGUCAGAAUAAGCAUUGGUAUUGAGCCAACCAGAGAAUUAGUAGAUAUUAUUGAAGAAGCUAUUCUUGAAGCUGUGAAUUAG